UACACUUUUAUCAAUCAUAGCGAAGAAGAAAAGCGCUUGCUAUGACUUUUAAACCUAAAUCCAAGGAUCGUGAUCGCGAACGCGAUAGAGAUCGUGAUGGUGGAAAGUCUCGAAGUAGCAUGAGUGGUCCAAGUAAGUCUCGCGAUAAGGAGCGUGAGAAAAAGAGCUCGGACAAUAAGGAACGCCAGAUGGAUCGUGGGGCUGGGAGUUCUAAGGACCGCCAUCGCAGCCGUUCCCGAGAGCGCAGCAGCGAGCGGAACCGGGAUAGUGGGCGCAGCAAGGAUAAGCGAAGGCACAGUCGCCCACGGGAGGAUAGCCGGGAGCAUGACCAUCGGAGGCGGGAUCAUCACGAAAGACGCAGCCGCAGCCGUAGCCGGGACCGUAAACACCGGAACCACGAGAGGGAGCGACACCGUUCGCGUGAACAUCAUGACGCCGACGUUAGCCGAAUGGCGGAGCGGCCGCGUCAACCGAGCCUAGAGAAGGAAUACGAUUAUAAGGGCAUUGAGUUCACUCAAAACGUUAUGGCAUCGAUGAUGCUUACCGCAUCGACAGCAAAUGAUUUUGCCAAAUUAUUAAAUAGUUAUAACCAACAGCAGCAGAUUCAGCAGCAGCAGCAACAGAUCCAGACACAACAAGCACUCUUUGAGAUGCAUAACGAAAACAGCUGUUCCUCCAUUGGAUCAAAAGGAGAAAACAAUGCAGCAUCCGCAGCUAUUACGAGUGGGCACAGUAGUGGUGGCGAAGGGGAAGCGGCUCGAAAGCGUAAAAGGAAGUCCCGUUGGGCAGGUGGUGAUCACGACAAGACAUUCAUUCCAGGAAUGCCUACUGUUCUGCCAUCAACAUUGACUCCCGAUCAACAGGAAGCGUAUCUGGUGCAACUACAGAUCGAAGAGAUCAGCCGCAAGUUAAGGACGGGUGACCUCAUGAUUCCACAAAAUCCGGAAGAAAGGUCGCCAUCGCCGGAACCGAUUUACAGUAGCGACGGCAAGCGGUUGAAUACCCGCGAAUUUCGCACCCGCAAGAAGCUGGAGGAGCAGCGCCAUCAGCUUAUCCAGCGCAUGCAGUCGCUCAAUCCGGACUUCAAGCCUCCGUCGGAUUACAAGCCGCCUGUUAUUCGCGUCAGCGACAAGGUGCUGAUCCCGCAGGAGGAGCAUCCGGACAUCAACUUCGUCGGGCUGCUGAUUGGACCGCGCGGUAACACGCUGAAGGCGAUGGAGAAGGAUACGGGCGCGAAGAUUAUCAUCCGAGGCAAGGGCUCGGUGAAGGAGGGUAAGGUCGGGCGCAAGGAUGGCCAGCCGCUGCCGGGUGAGGAUGAGCCGCUGCAUGCGUUCAUCACCGCCAGCAACCCAGAGGCGGUGAAAAAAGCGGUCGACCGCAUCAAGGAUGUGAUCCGGCAGGGCAUUGAGGUGCCGGAGGGCCACAACGACCUCCGGCGCAUGCAGCUGCGCGAGCUGGCCCAGCUGAACGGUACGCUGCGCGAGACGGACGGGCCGCGCUGCAACAACUGCGGCUCGAACGAGCACAAGAGCUGGCUGUGCCCGGACAAGCCGAACAUCACGAACAACAUCGUCUGCUCGGCGUGUGGCGGCACCGGGCACAUUGCGCGGGAUUGUCGCAGCAAGCGUCCGGGCCACGGUGGCCCGCCCGGCUCCACCGGUAACAACGUGGCCACGAAGAUCGACGAAGAGUACAUGAGCCUGAUGGCCGAGCUGGGUGAAGCGCCGCCACAGCAUCUUGACAAUGGUUACGCCAAUGGCUACCGACAUGGCGACGGUGGAGGUGGCGGUGGCAGUGGCAGCGGCAACUCGCGCGGUUCCUACAAUCUGUUCGAGUCCCGCUCAGCCCCGCGCCCCCUCAUGUCCACACCGCAUCACCCGCCGUCCCUGAUGGGAAGCAAUUCGCACGGUGGCCAUCAUAGCGGUGGUGGCAACAGCAGCGCCACCAGCAGCACCAGCAACAGCAGUGCCGGUAGCAGCGGCAGUGGCGCCGGCGGUAGCGGGCACCAGUGGGGUCACCAGCAGCACCAUGGUACCGCUCCGAUGAUGCCGAUUCCACCGGUUCCGCCAGCGCUGCCGACACCGCCACCUCCACCGCCCGGCAUGCCCUCGCUGAUGCAAUGGGCCGCGCCCCAACCACCGAUUCCAUCCGGAUCGCCGAGCGAUGCGAUUCCGGCUCCACCUGCUCCCGCCACCCCACCCGGUGGACAUCUCUACGGUGGCGGUUGGUCGGCGGGGAAAGCAGCUGGAAGCAGCUGGCCGCCGCAGGCUAGUGGUUGCUUUAUUCCUCCGCCACCCGGGCCGCAGCCCCCACCACCACCACUAAACAGUGGUGUAGCGUCACACAUUCUCGCUCCACCCCCGCCACCACCACUCUCCUCUUAGAGAGGAGGAAAGAGAGAGAGCGAGCGAGAGAGCGACGCACGUGGAGACAAAACAAGCCUAAACAACUCGAUGCCCUCUCGCUCGCUGCCGACAUCACGUGCGUCGGUAUGCAAUAUGUGGAAAGAUGGUACCGCUCUUCCGAUACACCAUUUCACGUCGUAUCCUAGGAAGUAGCUGCCCAUCGCUUUCUCUCAUGCUGGCAUGGUCUUGUUUACGAUUUGUACUCACGCCACCAGCGCAUUCGUACAGUUAUCACAUGCCCACUGGCGUGUGCAUUCCUCCUGCACCAUACACCCGUUUCCGGUCAGGUCCUUGUACAGUAAUUGACAGUUCAACUACAAGAUCCAGCAGCAUUCUUUGUAAAUCACACUUUCUUUCACGCCAACGAACGUGAAAGUUUACGCUGACGUGAAAGAGAGUGUGAUCUAUAAAGAAUGUUGCUGGAUCUUGUAGUUGAUCUGCCAAACCCUGUUUAAAGAACGAACUCAACGCAGUCGUGAUGGGCUGCACCGUGUGGUGGAUUGGGUUUCUCUCUUCCCAGGCAUCUAAAAGGCGUACAUUCUUAGCUGCAGUUUCAGUGGAACAAGACAAGAUCAUGUGUGCGGACUACAUAUAGUGCUAGUUACCUUACCGUUUUAACGAUUUGCUAACGUAUUUUUUAUUCUUUUUUUCCUAACCUAACAAUUUGCAGCCUCUUAUAUUAAUUCAAAUUUGCAAUCACGCAGCAUCGUCUAGACACAGUCGUAUAAUGAACGUAUUUAUACAUACAUAACGAAAGCAAGGCGUACAAACAAACCGCCGGUACAUUUUAAGCUUUUCUCCCUCCCCCUUCCAGUUUUAAUUCAGCAGCUUUUUAGGUAUUUGCAAUAUUAUAAUUCUUAUCCAACCGAUAAUAAUGUCCCAGCUGCGAAACAGUAAUAAUGAACCAUCUUUCAAAUAAAUAUACAUAUUUUAGGUCCGUACAAAUGACCAAUAUAGUGUGAAUAGUGCGCAUGAGUGAUUCGCGUUGUUCUUUCCGUACUGAUGACAGAAGGUUCUUGUGUUCGUUUAAAUUAGUUUUCCUUCAAGCAUUAGAGGUUUUCACUCUAGUUCUUCAAUU